UCCUCCAUGCUCGAGCUCCAUGGGAACCGGAGGCUUUUGACAAGAGCUCGGUCGAACCACCGGGCGGGAGAGGGAUUUGUGAAAGCUCGCGGGGACACGCCCGCCGCGAUAACAGCAGUUUGUGUGGCUGGCUGGGUCCUACGACGAGUAGUCCGCGAUGAUGACUGAUGGUUAAACGGUCUUUGCUGACGCCACGGCUAGUUUGGAUGGAAUAACUUCUCUCACGUUGUUAACUGAUAACUAAACUAACUGGUUGCUUGCCUUCAUCCCGACGGCUUUAGCUUCCCGGCGGCGGUGCAACACCAGCGAGAUGUAAAGCAAGUUCACUACCGUAUGUUGAUAUGCUUCUGACAUAAAGAGGAGAGAAGAAGUGAGAGGCAGUGCUGAGGAAGAUGGAAGUGCAGAGCGAUGUUCAGCAUCUCGAGCCGCUCCCCCCCGCCGCCGCCGCCUCUCCCCCGCCGGGAGCCAAUCAGCGGAGUGAGUGUGAGGAGGGACACAGGGACACCGGGGCCUCCGCCGACAGCCACAGCGAGGACACUCCAGCCAGCCAGAGAGACGAGAUGAAACCCAGUGCAGGGGUCAGAGGGUACCACAGCCACAAGGCCUCAGACGCCCAGUGGGCCGCCAGUGAAGGAGGAGGAGGAGGAGGUGGAGGGGGCCCCUCUUGGAGCGGGAGCCCCCCCGACCACCACCCCCACCACCACCACCCCCACCACCACCAUCCCCAGCACCAGCACCGUGGCGCUGCCGCAGCAGACCUGCACCACUACCCGCCUCACCACCACUACCCGUCUCACCCCCACCCGUCCCACCACCACAGCCAGCAGCCCACUCAUGCCGGCUACACCUACUGCCCGCUGCAGCCAACGGUAAGUGGUGUACACUGCUGCGGAGGCUACGACGGGGGGCACCCACCACUCUGGCCAAUGAUUCUGGUGUUGCCUUCGUCCACUCUCCUCGCUGCUCUACGAAUCUGA